AUGCCUCUCCUUGAGCAGCUCUCCUACAAGAUCACAGCUUACAACACUAGGCAUCAAAGAGGAAGAAAGCUUAGUGUUGGAGGGGUGAUCACACCAAUCUUUGUGCAGCUGGAGUCAACUGGACAAGAGAGUCUACUCCAGCUUCUCCUGCCCAACCCUGAGCUCACCACAGUGUCUAGGGGUGAGAACAUUGACUUCAGACCCCCUGUGUACACAUUGGUUGGGCAUGAGAUUUGCAAGAAGAGGAGCCUGAGCUCGAUCGAGCUGAGGAUCGAGCUGAGUCAACUGAGGAUCGAGUCCAGGAGAGUGAGACCUUUGAGAACCCUGGUUCGAGUACGAUCACCCUACCAAGGACUUCUCUCAGAGACUGGACCCCUACAACCGCUUCGAGCGAGCACAGCUCCACCAAGGCCAAGGAAGCCACACACACUUGAGAUGAAGAAGAGAGAGAAGAGAGAGCCGCAAGCUCGAUCGAGUGAGGACCCAGUCGAGUGGAGUGCUCCUGAUGGCCGUCUCCCAUCUCCAGACCACGACCUUGCCUCCCAGUUCUUUGGGGGGCACUGA